CGAGAGCUUCCUCAUCACAGCAUUAGAUUACCUUGCUUCAGUUGUCCUUUUCAAUCAAUCAAGAAUUUUGAUUUUCAAUUUUGACAUUUAUUUUACGCAAUGGGCCAAAAGCUGACAUCAGGUGGGGUCAUUUUCGUUUUCGAAAGAUCAAGACAUCGCGACGCUCUAUUUCCAAAAUCGUUCCAACAAGAAACAGCUAAAAAGCUUCUUAUCUUUCUGGUCGUCAUCUCAAUCCUCAAGUUGUAGUUAAAGAGCUUCUUAUGUUCAUAUGUAUGGUUCUUUGGGUUCUGGCGUAGAAAACGCGUUAGUUGCUGACGACGUAGACAACGCUUUAGACGCUGAAGACGUAGAAAAAGCCUUAGAAAGCGCGCUAAGUUCCUCUGAGGUAGAUAGCGCACCAGGUUCUGACGUAGAAAUAAUCGUGGUUGAUUCUUCUGACAUAGAAAGCCAGGCUUUCAAAAAAAUGUCGGAUAGUGGCAGUCUUUCUGGUUCUGACAGCGUGCUGCGCACGCAGGGGCAGAUGCUUGGUCGCGUUUUCGCUAUUGCGUUGUACAAACGACGUGUAAAAUAUACGAUUCUGGGUAUUCCCGAAGAGAAGCACCUGAUGUGCGAUAUCGUUCUCGCGGUGGUGCUGGCCUACUUCAUUUUUCCGGUAAUGACGGCACUCAUCUGGUGGGUAGUAUUUGUACUCGUUGCGCUCGUUGUUGGAACUGCCGGUGCGGCGGUAAUGAAUCUUAUACUUAUAUGUUCCUAGGUCAGUAUACUCAAACGCAAUCCAGUUUAGAAUCGUUUUGCCUGCAAAAGUUGAAAAAGAUAUGUAUUCAGAUUCGUCGACCCGGUCGGUGUCUCCGAAAGCCAGACUAUGAUACUAACUCCAACGGUUGUACAUCAAAGAAAAGCAGAAGUUUCACUCAUGUUCAAGCAAGCAUUUCCUUCACUGCUCAAACUUCAGGUUUACAGCCCGGAUAAAUUUCAGGAAAUCCGUGCACAAGCCCAAGGAUACGUUUCUCACGUUCCGACUGAGGAUGUUGUGGGGGCAUUUGCCAAUUUAAAGACAGGAUUCGGCGAAGGAGUAGAGGUCGGCCGACGCACUUCCGUGAGAUUGUCGCAACCGGGGGAAUAAGAAAGGGAUGUUCGAAUUGGCUUGUGUGAUUAUUAACUUAUCGUGAUAAUGCCGCAAAAUUGCAUCGCGUAUUUUGAAAGUAAAACGAAAAAUAGAUUAAUAAACAGAAAACGAAAUCAAAAAUGACUACUUGUUUGUCUACAACAGAUAAUGAAGAAGUAUGCCUCAGUGAACAGUGUAGUCGCGGCAGUGCCGUAUUCGAUUUUGAUCAGCAUCCGUGGUGAACUUACUGGUGUAGCAGGAGUUUCUUUAGGUAUAAAUACGCGUUGAAUUUUUACUUGAGCAGCUUUGUUUGUGAAUUUUGGUCUUUCGUUUCUUUAACGCGGAUAUCUGAGAAAAAUUUCCAAGAAAAGUAGAACCGAUUGCAACUUGACUGAAAAUGCUGAAGAAAUGCUAGCGGUGCACCCGGCUGGAGAGGAACAUCAAGCCUCGACUUUGCUUUGUCCUAACAAGCGCUCCGAUUUUUCGCGACGCUGAACAGGUUCGGGAUCGAUCCCCAGCC